CAUCUGUUAAGAAUCUGCAUCAGGCAUAUUGUUUAUUGAACUAACAAAAAAAGUAGAUUAAAAACCAAUAACAUUAGAUUACAUGUUUUGUCUUCACAUCACAAUUUCAGGUCAAAGUCGAUUAGACGCGCUGCGCCAUUAUUUGUAGGGCGAGCUUUAAUUGUAAGGAGCAAGGAAUUUUAUGGACUUAUAUAUCACUUCGAUAGAAGAAAUUGUUAAUGUCUGUUGAGUAAUUUCGUGGGCACACGUUGAAAUUGAUUUAUUAUUUCUCACGAUUCGUAUUGCAUCAUUUGGUAACAUCGAUUAUCAGCGCUGAUUAUCGCUAAGCUGCAGCUUAACUCCUUAUUUUCCCUGGCCUAGUUUCUCGAUUGCAAGCAACGUAAGUUAAGCGUAUAAUUAACGAUGGAAAGAAAACUUUAUUUAACUGGAGCUUCUGGCCUGUUAGGCAGGGCGGUUCGUACAAAGUUUGCAGAAGAAGGAUGGACAGUAUAUGGCACCGCAUUAAACAGGAUUUCACCAGUUUUGCACAGAGUGGAUUUAAACGACAAUAUUGCGGUUGAAAAGUCACUUUCAAGUUUCAAACCAAACUACAUAAUUCAUUGUGCAGCUGAACGGUUUCCUGACAGAGUUCAGGCCGAUCCAAACAAGGCUGAACAGUUGAAUGUUGGUGCCACAAAAAAUUUGGUGGAACUUGCUGACAAAUUAUCAGUGCCAGUUCUUUACAUAAGCACCGACUAUGUGUUCAACGGCAAAUCUCCUCCUUUCAAAGUGAAUGACAUUCCAAGUCCAGUAAAUCUAUAUGGGGAAUUAAAACUUCGUGGAGAAGAAGCAACGCUGGAAACAAGUUCUCGAAAUGCAGUUCUUAGAAUUCCUGUUCUGUAUGGUCCAGUUGAGAAAUUAUCUGAGAGUGCAGUGACUGUUUUACUGGAAAACUUAUUGAAUGCAUCGCAGCCCCAAGAAGUUUCAAAUUAUGAAAAACGACGUCCUUCCCAUUAUAAGGUAUAA